AAUAUUAUAUAAACAUUUAUAUAUAUAUAUAUAUAUGUAUGUAUGUAUGUAUACAAAAUACAAAACAAAAAGAUCUCCCGCUAAUAACAAAAACGCGCGCGUAACUACAACAACAAAGUAUACCAGCAACAAAAACAACAACAACAACAACAACAAAAACAACAACAACAAAUGAAAUACAUAAAUCUUAGCAAAGAAUGAAACAAGUCUAAAGCAAAGAUUUUAACAAAUGUGCCUGUGUUAAAACCGAAAAAAAUAAUAAUAAAGAAAAAGAAGUAGUAGAAGAAAAAGAAGAAGAAGCUGUAGUGCAGAAGAAGAAAGAUCAAGAACUACGUAUCAAGAGAAGCGAAGCAGAGAGAAAGAUAGAAAUUGAAUAUAUUCAAAAUACACAAAUUCUAAUAAUAUUUUUGUGAGUGUCACGAGAAAGAAAAGAAAAAGAAAUAGAAAAAUACAACCAAACCGAGAGCAGGAGGCCCCAAGAUCUGAUAGAUCUUACUCCAUAGAGUUCGUCACGUCGCCAGGGAGGACGCGGACGCAAGGGACGAGGCCGAGGACGAGGACGAGGACCCUCAUUCUGUGUUGCGCCGCCAACUGUCCUCUGUACACCACUAAAAGUGGCACAAAUCGGGUUAGACGUCGCUCCCAGAGCAUUAAUGGCUCAGCCUAGGUAUGACGAUGGCCUGCAUGGCUACGGCAUGGACUCUGGCGCCGCAGCCGCGGCGAUGUAUGAUCCACAUGUCGGCCAUCGGCCGCCCGGACUGCAAGGCCUCCCCUCGCACCACUCACCGCACAUGACGCACGCCGCGGCAGCGGCCACAGUUGGGAUGCACGGCUACCAUUCGGGGGCCGGAGCGCACGGUACACCUAGUCAUGUAUCACCGGUUGCUAAUCACCUAAUGGGCGCAAUACCCGAGGUACACAAACGUGAUAAGGAUGCGAUUUAUGAACAUCCGCUAUUCCCGCUCUUGGCGCUAAUAUUCGAGAAAUGCGAAUUGGCCACAUGUACGCCGAGGGAGCCUGGCGUGCAAGGUGGCGAUGUUUGUUCAUCGGAAUCGUUUAACGAGGAUAUUGCAAUGUUCAGUAAACAGAUAAGAUCACAGAAACCCUACUAUACCGCAGAUCCCGAAGUGGAUUCACUGAUGGUGCAAGCAAUACAAGUGCUUCGGUUUCACCUUUUAGAGUUAGAAAAAGUGCAUGAACUAUGCGAUAAUUUCUGUCAUCGAUAUAUCUCAUGUUUAAAGGGUAAAAUGCCAAUAGAUUUAGUGAUUGACGAACGGGACACCACCAAACCACCAGAAUUAGGUUCAGCAAAUGGUGAAGGAAGAAGUAAUGCCGAUUCAACAUCGCACACCGAUGGAGCUAGUACACCAGACGUUCGGCCGCCCAGCUCAUCGUUGUCCUAUGGGGGCGCAAUGAACGAUGAUGCGCGUUCGCCGGGCGCUGGUAGUACACCCGGUCCAUUAUCACAGCAGCCACCUGUCUUAGAUACAUCAGACCCUGAUGGUAAGUUCUUAUCAUCACUCAAUCCUUCAGAACUAACAUACGAUGGACGAUGGUGUCGAAGAGAAUGGUCCUCACCUGCCGAUGCUCGCAAUGCAGACGCCUCGCGGCGACUGUAUUCCUCAGUCUUCCUUGGUAGUCCUGACAAUUUCGGAACGAGCGCAAGCGGUGAUGCCAGCAACGCCAGCAUAGGCAGCGGCGAGGGCACCGGCGAGGAGGACGACGAUGCGAGUGGCAAAAAGAACCAAAAGAAACGUGGCAUUUUCCCAAAAGUAGCAACAAACAUAUUGAGAGCGUGGCUGUUUCAGCAUUUAACGCAUCCCUACCCAUCCGAGGACCAAAAAAAACAGUUGGCGCAGGAUACUGGCCUAACGAUACUGCAAGUUAACAAUUGGUUCAUUAAUGCGCGGCGAAGAAUUGUGCAGCCAAUGAUUGAUCAAUCGAACCGAGCAGUUUAUACACCGCAUCCAGGUCCCUCCGGUUAUGGUCACGAUGCCAUGGGCUACAUGAUGGACAGCCAGGCGCACAUGAUGCAUCGUCCGCCCGGCGAUCCAGGCUUCCAUCAAGGCUACCCGCACUACCCGCCCGCUGAAUACUACGGACAGCACUUGUAAUCCAGCGCAAGCAACGAGCACGGGCCAAAUGCGGAAGCCUUAACUGGAGUCGAAGCUCUCACUGACACUGAAACUGAUGCCCAAGCGGAAGCGGAAGUGGAAGGCGAUGGCGAUGGCGAUGGCAAAGGCGAGUGCGUACCCGCAAGCGGAUGUUGAGCAGCACGCUGAUAGCGACAAAGCCAAAAUCAUAGCUUAAACUUACUACUACAUACUAAAACAGAGCAGAGGAGCCGAUCAGGACGAAACGAGAGUGGCCAGGACCUUUAAACCGUGUAACUUACAAUACCGAGUGGCAAUAUCAGUCAAGUAAUAGAGCAAAGUAAUUCUGUAGUAAAAUCUUAAAUACAAAAGCAAAACAAACAAAAACAUAAGAUAUUAGCUAAUCGAAAGGCAGGCACAACAACAGAAUCACCAACAUCAACAUCAACAGCAGCAGCAGCAGCAGCAGCAGCAGCAACAACAACAACAAAUAACAAUUUUAAGAGAAACUUCUUGUGUAUACUUUAAACAUAAAUAACAAAUACAACAAGCAACAAAAAAAGAGAAAGAUAUUUAUGCAUAAACAAAAUGAAACGCUUAGCUCUAAGUUAAAUAAACGAAUCAGAACCAACAAACACCUGCACACACACACGUACACACACACAUAAACACACACAAGCUUGCUAAUUAUAUAUCCUUUAUGCAAAUUAUUACUUUCAAAAAGCUACAAAAGGCAAAUGCAAAUGCAAAUAUUUCAAAGAAUGAAUUUAGGCGCAACCCAAAACGAAAUAGAAUUUAAAAUUGAAGCUAAAGCAAUAAAUAUGAUUUGGUGUAUCAACUAGGUUUUAAUUUGAAUAACGAAAUGCCCCGCUCACUAGCAGCAUACCCCUGAGCAAAACGAAAAACAAAGAGAUAUAUUGAAACGGAUCCCAAGCUGCGUACAAUUAUUUAAUUAACAAGUCGAAAACAAGAAAGAAGAAACGGUAAAAAUAGAAAAAAAAAAACGAAAAUAUCACAUACAUAAAAUUCUUUGUUAGAGCUUAGUUUAUUUUUAUUUGUACUUUUAACAAGUCAGUUAUAGUAAACGCUUAUGUUUUUUUAUAGUUUAUACCUUUGUUUGUACGGAUACAUACAAAUGUACAUAUAAACAGAACGAUAACUAAUUAAACAUAAUUAAAACAUAAAAUACCUACUACUUACUUAUGUAUAUGCUUAUGUAUGUAUAUCUUAGGUUUAGCACUCUAAUUUAAAUAAAUUGAAUUGUUUUCUAAUUUUACGCGUUGCAAAACUUAAGAAAAGAGA